GGCAGGAGCCAUGGGUAUGGGGGUGCUAGACGUGGUCAGGGCUCUAGGGCUGGCCCAGGAGAGGCACGGGCCUGCCGAGGACAGCUCCUACGCAUGACCCCUAAACCUAGGGCCAUGCAGAGUCACCAUCCCAGAGUUGCUGCGGGGAGGCACAAACGGGAGUGGGUUUGGGGCCCGGGAGGGUGACUCCGGUACCUGCAGCACCUGGGGACAAGAGAACGGGCCCUGUGCCUCUGCAGGUCUGCCAUCAGGCUGGCGGGGACCUGAUUUCCACCCAGUGGUAGUGUGUGCAGGUCAGGCCCCUCCCUGGUUGCCCUCAGCCCCUGCCUGUGGAUGAGGACAACAGCGGCAGUCAGGAGACCAGAGCUGCUGGGCCACCCAGGGCCCCAGAGGGAUGGCAGAGGGGUUUUGGGACCUGGUCCUACCCAGAGCUCAGCCACAUGGCCAUGUCGAGGGCAUUCUGAGGGACAAGGUGACAGCCACUUCUGGGGGCUCUGCUGCCCCAGGCCCCGCCAGGUGGGUUUGCGAGUCUGCUGGGGUUCGUCGCCUGUUGUGUUCCUUCACGCCUUGCACGAACAGCAUCUCCCAGGGCCACACCACCUCCCCCUCGCCCUCCACUCACAGAGACUCCAAAAUCGCCUGCGAGCUGCACCUCCACUCAGCAGCCAGCAGCCUGCAGAGCCAUUGUCUCACCGAGUGAGAAGCAGGGACCGUCUGGAGAGCUCGCCGGCCAGUCUGCUGUGCCAUGGCACCGUCCUCCAAUCAGGCCGCGGUCGGCAGGGGUGGGCACUCAUCCCCGGGUUCCCCGCAGGGAGAACAGCAGCUCCUCCCGGAGGAGGGCGCUCCGCACUCAGCUGGGUGUCCUCAGUAAAAGCCCACCUUAGGGCCGGGGAUUUAGCUCGGUGGUUCUGGUGCCUGUCUGACAAGCUCAAGGACCCGAGUUCAAUUCCUGGUACCGAAAAAAGAAAAAGCCCACCUUUGUCCAGCCUUGGGCAGGCAGCCAGGGUGCCCACUCUCCCAGCUUGGGUUUGAGUCCAAGGCACCUGGCAGCACCGGGAAGAGGUGAAUGAGGGCUUUGUCACCACCACCCCUGUCACCAGCAGUACCCAGCCCACUGCUGUCGCUGUGCUUACCCUUCCCAUCACCAUCCCCGCCACAUCACCCCCACCUCCUGCUGCCCCCAGGGGCUGUUUCAGGCUCCCCGACAAGUCUGGGGCAGCACGAUCCCAGAGGAAACGACGCUAUGUUCCCCAAGGGCCACCUGCCUGUGGCUCCAGCACCACAGCUGUAUCCCAGCCACUCCGUUCUGCCUUCUCCGUCCCACAUGUGAGCGGCUGCUGAACCCCCGGCCGGGUCCCAGGCUCAGCAAAGCCAUAGAUUAACUUCCAGAUGGAACUGGUGGUCUCCAGAGGGACAGUGGUGGCACUGGACACUGGGCAGUGUGGCGUUGACAUCUGGGGGGCCGCGUCUCCUUGGAUGCUGCUUUGCCCGACAGGUUAGGGUGCCACAGAAAGUGUGCCCGGCUUGGGGUCCCCUCCCCGGAGCGUGCCGUCUCACUCCAUGUACCGCGGGGAGCGGGUUUCUCCCGAGGCCCUCGUCUGUCCUCGGCACCCGUCUGCAGGGUAGAGGCCUAGCACCGCCUGUGUGCUGUGCCAGAGCCAGGUGACUGGGCCUGGGGGUGUGGGGCUGCUCCGCCUGCUGGACAGAGGCAGGGUGGAGGGAUGACCCAGUCCUCCCCUGCUCGGCGGCCCUCGGCUGCAGCAGCAGUGACUCAGUACAGGACUGAAACACCAAGUUCCCAGGCAAGGUGAGGUCACCGUGCCAACAUUGGUCAUGCUUGCAUGUGUACCCGGGAGGGACAGCCACUCGGGCACUUAUGCCAGAGCCGCUGACCCAGUGGCGCUGACACUCUGUCAUUAGUCCAGGAGCAUCAGUUUUACCACCACCUGGGCCUUGAAAGACUGAGAAAUUUAAUUAGACAAGUACAUCGGUACCUGGGGGGAAAAGGUUCGGACAGUACAGGAACCUGUCAGGCAAGACUUGGAAAGUCUCUUUCCAGCCCUGCCUCCUGUCCUUCCUGUCCAGAAAAGUCUACUUUGGGGGUUCCCGGGUCCAGUGUCUUUCUCACAAAUCUGCAAAUGUGUCACGGUACAAACCCACACCCACCCUGAGAUACUGUUUCAUACAUACACAGACUGUACUUGAUAGUUUCAAAAGUUAUUUUUAAACAGAUAGUGGGAGCUAUUAUCGUGUACAUUGUUUUGCAAAUUGGCUUUUUUUUUUUUUCCACUCGAAACGUAGUAUGUCUUGGAAACCUGCCUGUGUCAGGUCGACUUUGUUUAUGUAGUAGUGGUGCAGGAAUCCACAGUGCAGCUGUACUGUAACGUAUUUAACUGUUUCUCCACUAAAGGAUUUCCUCCCAAUUAAAAAAACAAAAGUAUAGCCGGGUGAGGGUGUGGGCUGUGGUCCUGGCUAGUCUGGAGGACCUCAAGGCCAGCCUGAGCAACAUAGCAAGACCAUAUCUUUUUAAAGAAAAUGGGCAAGGCCCAGGG